AUGUUGUGGACAUAUGUCACGUACACUGUAGCUGAUUAUGGUAUUUCGAUAGGCCUUGUGGUCUUUGCGAUUCUUGGCGUAUUCGUUACCUUCUUCAGAUCAAAAGCUGGUCAAGAGUUUGUUAUUGAACGAGUCAUUGGUGUUAAUCCGACUAAAGCACAUCAUCGCUAUAAUGAUCCGGAUGGUGAUGAUGAACAAAACGACAUCGCGAAUCAGAAAUUUGCUCAGAUCAAGAAGCGAUCUCUCUUUUAUAUUGGUAUAUUUUGUUGUUUGCUUGGAGGAAUGACACUUUCUAUUACGGGCGUGCUCAUAUUUCAAGGCUGUUUCUUAGCAAAUAUCAGAGUUUUGAAAGGCGAUAAUUGUCCUGAAUAUGAUAUGGAUUGUUUUAUUUUCGGAUCGAGUGCUUUAUUUCCCAUAUCGGAUAAUGUAAGCUUUAUUUGUGAACGUUUAGCAAAAGCUGAUUUUGUUACCAAUGUAACUGAUGCUACUGCGUGGUGUUAUGCAUGGAUUAUUGCUGAUCAAACAACCAAAGAUCUUCUGGAUGCAUUAGGUGUAGCCAUCGCUCUUAUUGGUUUCUUUACAACAAUGUUAGCUGCAGUUAUUUAUCUCGGAAAAUGCAAGAAAACAAUUGCAUUCUCUAUUUUCGUCAUUUUAAUUUGUGGUGGUGCCAUGAUUGCCUUACUGGUUUUAAAAUGGUCAUUUGCUCCUUUAACUUAUGGCAUCCUUUUUCUAGGUAUAUUAUUGGGAAUCUUCGGAAUAGUUCUCUACUGUAUUUUACCUCCACCAGACAAACAGAAGAAUAAUAAAUCGAUAACUCGACUAAAUAUUGAUCAACGAAACGUUGCCACUAAUGCAAUUAAGCCGAAUAUGAACCGUUCCAAUCCGGCGUCAACAACAACACUCAAUGGUAAGACCACUUAUGGACCGUCGAAAGCCAAUCCUAGAUAA